UCUCUUCUCACAACCAGAUCCAACAUCCACAGAGAUGAUUGUAAUUGGAAGAGAGAGUCUCCUUGCGGUGCUCCUGCUUUGCGCGGCCGCAGCGGCGGCGACCGCGCAAAGUGCUUCUAAUGUGCGGGCGACGUACAACAUCUACAAUCCGGCGGCCAACAACUGGGACUUGAUCGCCACCGGCGUCUACUGUGCCACGUGGGAUGCCAACAUGCCGCUCGCGUGGAGGAUGAAGUAUGACUGGACCGCCUUCUGUGGGCCGGUCGGGCCGACCGGCGAAGCUUCCUGUGGCCAAUGCCUUCUGGUGACAAACACAGCAACAGGAGCACAAGCAACGGUCAGGAUCGUCGAUCAGUGCUCGAACGGAGGGCUGGAUUUAGAUCAGGGUGUUUUCGACCAGCUAGACACUAAUGGACAAGGCGUUGCCAACGGCUAUCUCAUCGUCGACUAUCAGUUUGUCGACUGCGGCGACUGAUAAAUGUUGACUUAUUAUUAUCCAUUACUAUUAAUAAUGCCAUGUAAUAAAAGGAUAUUACAAUGAAUAAGGUGUGAUCUAAAAGAAAUGCAAUAAAAGCUUUUCUAUGCGCAAUAAAUUAAGUUGAUUAA